UGAAAUUUUUGGGAUAAAAUGAAAUUUUUGGGGUGAUUUGAAAUUGUUCGGCUCGGCCACGGCCACGGCUGUCUUGCAUCUCGGCCACGGCCACGGCUAACUUGCAUCGGCCACGGCUACGGCUAAAUUGCAUCUCGGCCACGGCUAACUUGCAGCACAUCAAAAUCCGUGUGUCUCUCUUUGUCCUGUAGCCAUCAUUUGCAUUUCAAUACGGAAACAAAGGAAUGCUCCUUUUUCCAUGAAAAACCGUCUCAGCUCAGGUUGUAUCCUUUAGUCAGUCCAGUAUCGGCAUUGUUCUUCUCAACCUUUAGAAAUAAAUUAAGCUUCAUUUAAGCGAAAUCUAUUAAAUAAAUGUAUAAAACCGUGUUUAACCCACGGACGUAAUUUUCACAUUAGAAUAAUUCUUUACGCUUUGUAAAGCAUUUAAAUUUCUUACACGCAAUUGAAAUGCUAAUUGAACAGUGUAUUGCAUUGGUACAUACAUACGCAGAAAGCAGGAAAACAAUGGUUAAACAAUGCCGGGAAUAUAUUAUUUUUAUAACAGGGAACGUGCAUAAAUUACGUCAUGAUUUUAGUUGGUGGGUGAUUUUUGUAGGUCUUGAUAUCUUUCCCAUGUUAAAAUUCCACAUAUCCUUUAAUGUUUGGUGGUUGCUAAAAUGGAGAAUUUUUGAUGACGUAAUAUACGGAUGGCCCCAGGUGACGAAGGUAAUCCAUUAACUUGGGUUAAGAAUGCAAUUAAAAUUCUGACUAAUUAAGUAAUCCUAAAACUGUAUAGCACAGUCAUUAGUUCUGCGUCUGACUACUCGCUUAAUCAUCUCUCAUGUUUUUAGAGUAGAGUGGGGGUGGAGAAUGUCUUUAGAAACGAUUUUAUCCGAUAUGGAACGCAGUGCGAGGAGUAGUUGGUUUCAAAAGUUGAGACGGAAUUUGAGAAAUCUUUUCCUAAUUUCGAUAAAUCCGAGAAUAAACGGGGCAGCGGUGCGAUAUGGGCAAGCCGUUUUUAAAGAGAGGCAGCGGCAGAUGGAAAAAUAUCCGAGAACUAUUCAUCCUUAUAGUUGUUUCAGAUGGUAUUGGGACAUUCUGCUGACGAUCGUUCUACUAUUUUCACUAAUCGAGAAACCAAUCCAAAUUGCCUUUUACGACAUCGAGGAGGAGGGCUACUUCUGGGUGACGGUGAUAAGUACGGUCACGUCCGCUCUCUCAUUUUUAGACAUCGCUUUCAAUUUCUGCACCGGAGUUCCAGAUGUCAUGUCCGACACAAUCAUUUUGGAAAGGAGCAUCAUUUUCUCAAAAUACCUGAGAUCUUGGUUCUUCGUGGAUUUCUUCUCCAGCAUCCCGUUCGACACGAUAUACUACAUCUUGACAUCCAUCGAACACGUGCAUCCUGAGCACAACCUGUUCUUCAAGUUCAUCCGUCUCCUCGGCCUCCUGAAAUUCUUCAGACUGAUCAGAGUCGUCCAGUGUCUGAAAAGAAUUGAGCAGGCGUUUCACAUUUCAGAGCUUCGCAUUCGUCUGAUUAACCUUUUAGUCACGAUAAUAACGAUCAUCCACUGGAUGUCCUGUUUCCACUGGUUGUCUGCGGACUUGUUCAAUCCUCCCGAGAAUCGAAAGGCAAUGAGUUGGAUAACCAAGACGAAGUUGUGGGAUAAGCCGGUCUGGCUGUGCUAUAUCAAUUCAGUGCUGAGGACGGUCUCUAAUAUGGUCACAUCCGGCUACGGUGGCGGAGAAACUCCCACCGAACCAGAGGACAUUGUCAUGACCUUGAUAAGCAUGGCCCUGGGUUGCACCUGUUUCGGCCUCUACAUCGGAACAAUGGGGAGCAUUAUGCAGAGGGUGAACGCAUCCGGGAAGAAGUUUGACGAGAUGAUUCUCGAGGUUAAUGAGUACAUGAAAUUCCGCAACAUUCCUCCCCGGCUGCAGAAAAGGAUGCUCCGCUACUACGAACAGCGAUACCGAAAACAUUACUUCGAUGAGAAUCAGAUACUUGAAAAUGUCUCGGAUGUCUUGCGGAAUGAUUUAUUGAUGCACAAUUGCAAACAUUUGAUUGAAAAUGCGCCACUUUUUAGGGAUCUACCAGACUCCUUUUUGAAGAUGAUAGUGCAAAAACUUACUUUUCAGGUGUAUUUACCUGGGGACCUCAUCAUAGAGAUUGGGAGUGAUGGUCAGGGCAUGUAUUUUAUUCAGGAGGGACAGGUAAACAUCUUGUCGGGGGAUGGACACCUAAUUUCAACCCUGGAUGGUGGGGACUACUUCGGAGAAGGCUCGCUAAUUUUAGACAAUCAAAAAACGAAUGCCAACGUGACUGCGAAAGACUACUGCGACAUUUAUCGUCUGGAUAGGGAAGAUUUCAUGGAAGUUUUUGUCAAACAUCCAGAAACAUUGGCGAAGAUUAAGAUUUUGGCUCAAUCAAGGCGAGCCGAGACGGACAUGAAGACGAAUGUUUCCAAAAGCUUGGUUUUCUCGGAGUAGUUUUUUUAAAAUUAUUUAAAUAUUCUUAAAACAUUUAAUGUGUACGCAUUUCACAUGUAAUUGUCCCCAUCACAUGACGAUGAGUCUGAACGCAAAAGAAUAAAAUUACGUGCAAAUUUUUGCUCUUGUAGUAAAAUUGAACG